AUGUUGCGCAGGUGGAUCCCGGUGCUGCCCAGCUGGCCCAGCGCUUCCGCACCUGGUGCCUGGAGCGAGGCAGUCAUAUCCGGAACUCUGGCAACGGGCGUGCAUCUUGUCGUCGCGGUCCUGCCGUCGCAAGACCAGGGUGCGAAAGUCCUACCCCUCACAUCAUCUCGUAUCAUGGGAAGCCGCCCUGGCAGUCGCUGUCCAAGCAUUGAAGCUCUUGGCGCCGUAGGCGAGGCUGGCGGUGCAGCGCCCCUGGUGGCCAAGCUCUGCCGCUGUGUGUCGGGCUCCAUGCAGACGAAGGCACAGAAGAGCCUGCGAAAGGGUGUUGAGAAUUGGAGCCCAGUCCAGGUCCAAGCACAGAUCGCACUCAUCGCAGAUUCCUUGAAGCUUCUCUGCUCCGACCAGCAAGAGAGGAAGAUUGUCGCGGCCAGCGGCGGCGUUCGCACGCUGCUUGCGCUGUCGAACAUGCACCAGGAAUCACGCGAUCCUGGUCGCAAGGAUGUCGAGGAGGGUGCACGAAACGAUGCCAGGCAGGCACUGGCGCAGAUCCUCAUCGUGAUGAACCCACAGCUUCUGCAGUAUCAGGAGCAGCUUGAUGCUGUGAGGCCGAUGCUUGCAUUGCUGGAGCACCGGCACGAGCUGCUGCAGUUCGAAGGCUGCCUGGCUUUGACGAACCUCCUCUCUUCCAGUGAAGAGCUCCGUUCCUUUGCCUUGCAGUCGGGCGCGUGGAGCAAGUGCAAGGACUUGCUGUUCUCUGAUCACGAGGAGGUUCAGAGGGCCGGCCUUGAAGCGAUGUGCAACCUGACGAUGGCUGAGGAGGUGGCCGAGCGCUUUGCCCUGGGUAAAGCCGAGAACGAGCUGAAGAUCUUUGGCGCCUUUUGUACAUCCGAGAUCGAGCGACAGCAGAUCGCCGCCACGGGAGCCCUGGCCAUCCUUUCCGGCCACGACGAGGUGGCCGUCCGUAUCGCCGACUGCCAGCAAUGCCUGGAAGGGCUGCUCCAUGCAGUCCUGGAGUCAGACCCGUGGCAGCUAAAGAGGGAGAUUCCAGCUGUCGAGCUACGCGCCGUUUCUGCUGCGGUGGGCCUUCGACAUGCCGAAGGGGCCGAGCCCCCGGAGAGCUCCAACUGCGACAAGUGGAUGAUGGAUGUCAACCAGGAAAUCCGCCGAGCCAUCUUCGCUGUCCUCCAGGAGCCACCGUUUUCUGCGCAGCUGAGGAGGAAGUGCAGCAGGGCUGCUGAGCUACUCCAGCCACUGGUACCUGUGGCCAUGAAGAAGCUGUGCAAGGCCCUCCGCGACUGCGUGAGGGCCUCCGCCUUCAGCAUCUUCGAGCGCGGCAAGGGUUGGCAGCGGGGCUACUGGCGGAUGGUCAUGGUUCGGCAGUCCACCGCAGAAGAGCUCCUUGUCAUGGUGCAGACGGCCAAGCUGGAGGAUGCCCAGCGCGAGGCCCUGGCCGCGGAGGUCAUCGCGGCGCUGACAAAGGCCGAGCUGCAGAUCAACGUGGUGUCCAUCUACCUGCAGUUCAACGACGAGAUCUCCGAUGCGGCGCGGCCGGGAGCUCCCCUGAUGCACAUCCACGGCGAUGCCCAGCUCAGGAUGCAGCUCCUUGGGCUCAGCUUCAACAUCGGCCCUCUCUCCUUCUACCAGGCCAACAGCAGCACCUGUGCCUUGCUCUACGAGCGGGCCCUGGAGUGGCUGAGGCCGGAGAACGACGUGGCAGUGCUGGACGUCUGCUGCGGGGUGGGCACCAUCGGCCUCUGCGCCAGCCGCCGCUGUCGCCGGGUCAUUGGUAUCGAGCUGAUCCCGGAGGCCGUGGAGGCAGCGAAGGCCAACGCCGCUUUGAACAAGGUGGACAACACCGAGUGGAUUGCUGGGGCCUCUCUCGUCGGAUAG